UCGCUUCGGCCGCCGUGUUGUUGAGCGCGGAGCGCGAGCGGCCGCUGAGUUUGAAUUCCUGGGAUUGCCUUAGCUAGCAAGAACAUAGUUCCUGGUUGGUGACAGACAUAAUGUUUUACCGGUUGCUAUCAAUUGCCCGAAGACGAAGAACCAGCCCAGGAUGGCAGAACUGGUCCUCGGCGAGAAACAACACGUCAACUGCUGAGGCACAAUCUAUCACCCUGCCUGCCCAGGCCCAGGUUGUCAUCUGUGGGGGUGGAAUCAUGGGCACAUCUGUGGCCUAUCACCUCUCCAAGAUGGGGUGGACAGACAUUGUCCUUUUGGAGCAGGGCAGGUUGGCUGCUGGCUCCACCAGGUUCUGUGCUGGCAUCCUGAGCACUGCCAGGCAGUUGACCAUUGAGCAGAAGAUGGCAGACUAUUCAAACAGACUCUACCAUCAGUUAGAGCAAGAAACAGGGAUCCAAACAGGUUACAUAAGGACAGGCUCAAUCUUCCUGGCUCAAACACAGGACCGGCUCAUUUCCUUGAAGCGCAUCAACUCAAGUUUGAAUGUUACAGGCAUCCCUUCAGAGAUCAUCUCCCCAAAGAAAGUGGCUGAACUUUACCCUCUCCUCAAUGUGCACGACCUGGUGGGGGCCAUGCAUGUUCCUGAGGAUGCUGUGGUGUCCUCUGCUGAUGUGGCUCUUGCCCUGGCAAGUGCUGCCUCCCAAAAUGGUGUUCAGAUUUAUGACCGGACAACUAUUCUUCAUAUAAUGGUCAAAAAAGGCCAAGUUACUGGUGUGGAAACAGAUAAAGGACAGAUUGAAUGCCAGUAUUUUGUCAACUGUGCUGGCCAGUGGGCAUACGAGCUGGGUCUGUCCAACGAGGAGCCGGUUAGUAUCCCGUUACAUGCCUGCGAACACUUCUACCUUCUGACUCGCCCCUUGGAGACCCCUCUGCAGAGCAACACACCAACUAUUGUUGAUGCUGAUGGAAGAAUUUAUAUUCGGAACUGGCAGGGUGGCAUCUUGUCUGGGGGCUUUGAAAAGAACCCAAAACCUAUUUUCACUGAGGGAAAGAACCAGCUGGAAAUUCAGAAUCUGCAGGAAGACUGGGAUCAUUUUGAGCCCCUGUUGAGUUCCCUCCUGCGUAGAAUGCCAGAAUUGGAGACUCUGGAGAUCAUGAAGUUGGUGAACUGCCCUGAGACCUUCACACCAGACAUGAGGUGCAUCAUGGGCGAGUCUCCUGUAGUACAGGGCUACUUUGUCCUGGCAGGGAUGAACUCUGCUGGCCUGUCUUUUGGUGGAGGAGCUGGAAAGUAUCUUGCUGAAUGGAUGGUACAUGGUUAUCCCUCAGAAAACGUCUGGGACUUGGACUUGAAACGCUUUGGAGCCCUCCAGAGCAGCCGUACCUUUCUGCGUCACCGGGUCAUGGAAGUCAUGCCUCUGAUAUACGAUCUGAAGGUUCCCCGUUGGGACUUCCAGACGGGUAGGCAGUUGCGCACAUCUCCUCUGUAUGACCGGCUGGAUGCACAAGGAGCCAGAUGGAUGGAGAAACAUGGAUUUGAGAGGCCAAAGUACUUUGUUCCACCUGACAAAGACCUCCUUGCAUUGGAGCAGAGCAAGACUUUCUAUAAGCCAGAUUGGUUUGACAUUGUGGAGGCUGAAGUCAAGUGCUGUAAGGAAGCUGUGUGUGUCAUCGACAUGUCCUCUUUCACAAAGUUUGAGAUAACAUCCACUGGGGAUCAGGCACUAGAAAUUCUACAAUACCUCUUCUCCAAUGAUCUGGAUGUGCCUGUGGGCCACAUUGUACAUACUGGCAUGCUCAACGAGGGCGGAGGAUAUGAAAAUGACUGUAGCAUCGCACGCCUGAGCAAACGCAGUUUCUUCAUGAUCUCUCCAACCGAUCAACAGGUCCACUGUUGGGCCUGGCUUAAGAAACAUAUGCCGAAGGACAACAACCUGCUGCUGGAGGAUGUCACCUGGAAAUACACUGCCCUCAAUCUAAUUGGUCCUCGAGCUGUAGAUGUGCUGUCCGAGUUGUCCUAUGCCCCCAUGACUCCAGACCACUUCCCAACUCUCUUUUGCAAGGAGAUGAGUGUGGGCUACGCCAAUGGGAUCCGGGUGAUGAGCAUGACUCACACAGGAGAGCCAGGAUUCAUGCUUUAUAUCCCCAUAGAGUAUGCUCUUCACGUAUACAAUGAAGUGAUGAAUGUUGGACAGAAAUAUGGAAUCCGGAAUGCUGGGUAUUAUGCUCUUCGCAGUCUCCGAAUUGAGAAGUUCUUUGCCUUCUGGGGUCAGGAUUUGAAUACCCUCACCACGCCCCUGGAAUGUGGACGGGAAUCCUGGGUAAAAUUAGAGAAGGGCAUGGAUUUCAUUGGUCGGGAAGCUCUGCUGCAGCAGAAACAAGAUGGGGUGUAUAAACGCUUCACCAUGUUCAUUCUGGACGACCAUGACACAGACCUGGACCUCUGGCCUUGGUGGGGAGAGCCCAUUUUCCGGAAUGGGCAGUAUGUUGGCAAAACCACCAGCAGUGCCUAUAGCUAUACUUUGGAGCGCCAUGUGUGCCUGGGCUUUGUGCACAAUUUUUCAGAAGACAGCGGUGAAGAGGAGGUGGUAACCACUGAUUUCAUUAACCGGGGAGAAUAUGAAAUUGACAUUGCAGGCCACCGGUUUCAGGCCAAGGCUAAACUCUACCCUGUCACCUCCCUCUUUGCUCACAAGCGCCGAAAGGAUGAUGUGGAGCUGAGUGACUUACAUGGGAAGUAAUGGCAGAGCAAUCUCACCUCCUGUCAUCUCAUCGUAAGGAACAUCACCUCAGAAGCUUCUUUCUUUCCUCUCACCCUGUCCCUGCUUACUAAACCUUUGCUUCCCAUCUCUUACCUCCUUGAUAUAAUUUUAAACUUGACCUACUUUUAAACUUUUGCUUUGGAACCCCUCUUUUCGUCCUGGUUGCAGUCUUCCCUCCUGUUAAGAUUCCCAUGGUGGCAGGAAGUUUAUCGGACAGAGGCAGGCUCCACUUGUGGAAUUGUAAGGUGAAAAAUUGUGUGUCUUAAAACAAGGCAAGCUGGUGUUUUAGAGGCCUUAGGACAAGAGUCCAUCUCCCUUGGGCUAAGAUUUCUUGGAGUAACUUGUUUAUUUCGGUGGGGCACCUGUGUAUUUCAUGUGGCUCCUGGAAUAGCUUAUGCCUUUUAGGCAGAUCAUUCUGUUCCACUGCGCUAUGGGUUAGUACCCGAUACCUCUAGCAGAAAGAUGAUCAUCUACCUCACUGGUGAGAAGUAUUGCAUGGACAUCGUCUUGGCUGUAGCACAGACGAACAGUUAACCUUGCACCAUCCUCAUCUUCCCUCCAGAAUGAAUUCUCAGAUCUUUGGGCCACGGCAGCCUAUUGUUUUUUCUUUCUUAGCAAACAAAUAUGCCAGUGUUAGAGAAAAACCUUGUUGCCUUUUGUGUUGCUUUUCCCAACUGAAAGAGUCUGACUUCAGGAGGUAUACAAUCCUCUAAAAUAUUGCCUUUCUUUUUAUUAAAGUGACUCCUAGCUCAGCCUCACCUCUGGUCACAAACUCAGCAUACACUGCUCUCCCUUUAGAGCAGGGAGGGAAAGUUUAGGUGGGUUGUCUUAGCAUGAAUAACAAAGUUUGGUUAUUCACCUGAGUGCCAGAGCGCUAUUAGAACCCAAGCUCUAUGUCUCCCUGGUGGGGAACAGAGCUGACCAUGUGGAUCCAUGGAGAGUUCUAAGUACAGUGGGUGUAGGUUAGCUGGAGCACUGUUUUCCAACAUUUCCUUCUACACAGCUGUCCAUCUCUGGCUUUUGGAAUGCAGAUGGCUAAAAGUACCCUGCACAUUUUCAAUCAGUGUCUCUAUUUUCUAAAGGUGGAACUUAGAUGUCAGACUAAAGAUGUCACACUAUAUAAUAUAGCCCCAAAACGUCACUUCCCCUUUCAUGUGAACAAACUGCUAUUAGAAAUUUUAAUUCAGCUGUAGCCUCGCUGUCUUGACAUCUUGGAAGCAUGCAUUUUGUUAAUUCUAUAUUAAAGGAGAUCCUUUCAUUUCUUUAGAGCAAAAUAAAAUUCUCAGGUGUCCACUUGCUCUGCUAUUUCUGUGGGAUCUGUUACCCACUCAGACCAGUUUGACAAUUCCUACUUGAUGACAGACUUCAUUGUCCCAUCUUUUUUGGGUGGAAGGGGUCUUAAUUGAUUUACUCUAAGCGCAUAUGAUUAAAGCAAAUGUGUAUUUAGCCAAGACAUGCUGCUUCUAGGAAGAGGAGCAAGAAGUGUUUCUGUGCUGGAAAACAGGAGAGCAGAAAGAGACCUUUAGGAAAGGAGCUGGCUGACAUACUUUCCACCCUCCAAACUCCUCUUUGUAAAUGAAAAUUUACUUGGAAUUAAAUCAAAAAGAAAUUCUUGGUUUAUACAGACAGUAUGUGAAGAUAAUUUGGGGAAUGCCAUUCAAAUAGAUUAUCAGAAGUGUAUUCACUGUAGACUUUAGGACUUGAUUUCUAGCUAAUUAUUGUUAAAUUAAUUUGCUUCCUCCUUAAGUAGGAGGGAAUAUGUGAUGAUGUAUCCAAAACGGUCACUGCAUGAUUUAACUAGGGAAAUCCUUACCUCUUAUUGCUGAUAUCACAAUCCUCCCCUUUUGAGCCAACAGGCAGUACUAAUCUUGCUGGGAGGGGAUGAUGGAACAGGACAAGUGCUUUGAAAAACCUCCUCCAUAAGUAGCAGCCAUACUCCUAGGACUCUGGUGAGGUGCUGAUCUUUUGAGCCUUCAGUGCCCUACAUGGAAAAUUUUCUUUGUCACUUUAUCCUCUCGGUUCAAACAUAGGUAUUAUAAAUCUAAAUUUUUAAAAAAUUUGGUCCUACUGUGAGUGCUCUGAACAGACUGUUCCCUAGCAUAACUACUUUGCCUCUGUGUCAUAAGCAUAAUAGAUGUUACAAGCAUUCUGGGCUCUUAAAUAGUCAGUAGAAGCAUUAGAUCUUGAGGUAUAGCUGUAGGAAAAAGGCCCAACAACCAAAACAUCAUUUAGUAUAUCACUUUCUCCUUGGAUGGUGGUGCUAUAUAGAUUUGCCUGGAGUGACACCUCACCCUAGGAAGCCAGUUAGUUUGAGGAAUUGUAGACUUUAGCUUUAGGUGGUUGCAUACUUUUUUUCUUUCUGUGGUGGUGGGGUUUUUAUCUCGUCAGCAAAUUAUUGUUGAAUCCAGGAACGAAAAGUAUGUUGCCCUCAAAAGAGAUCACCCUGUGUUGCAAAGUUUUUGAAUCCUUGUCCUUGAAAUAUCUUUAAGUACUUCCUCUGGCUUCCUGUUAGUAUUGUAUCCAUCCACAACAAUAUAUAUAUUUUUUAACAUGGUGCUGAGGAUCGAACCCAGUGCCUCACACAUGCUAGGCAAGAGUUCUACCACUGAGCUACAACCCCACCCCCUUCCCCUGGCUCCUUGGGCCAUAGGAAAUCCUGUUUCUUAGCACUGCCGCAGUCACUUGAAGCUGCAUUGGAAAGAUUUCUCUGCCAUGACAUGGGCACUGAAGUCAGAACACUAUUUCAGAAAGUUUUAAGAGCAAAAAGGGAUAAGAGCUAACUGCUUUGUCUACUUGAUAUCAUUUAAUCUUGUGUGGCAGUCACAUAGCAACUUCUCGUGAGCAGAACAGUUACCACUAUAUUUCUAGUAUUCUUCCAGGGGUCUCUCCACCCCACCUAAUGUGGAAGAUUCACAUCAGGCCAUGAACACAGGGAUCAAUUAGCUCAUUGGUUAAACCUCAGCUUCAUUUCUGCAGCAGUGGAGCCCAGCCACUUCAGCUUGGCUCUCACCUGGAGGGGUGCCAUUCCUGGUUCUCUCUAAGAAAUUUUACCUACUUGCUUGCUUUUAAGCCUUUUGCUACCAAGAAAGUAAAACAUGAAAAAUAAAGCUUGAGCUCUCACAGUAUACUCCAUGCUGUGCAUGCAUUUGAAAUGUUAGCCUCUUUCCUCAUGGUUGACAGUGGCAAUACAGGAAUGAAUGGUAGGAGCUUCCUGAAAGUGUGCUUUGCUUCCUGAGAUGGCCCUGAUUUCUGGUUCUGUUUAUCCUCUGGCAUAUAAACAAAUUUGCUGACAUUUGAAUAUACCCUCAUCAUCCUUAAGAGAAUCCGAGACAGAAGGGAAUCUUUUACAGUGUUAGUACCAGGCCUGGGGGACUAUCCUAGUAGAACAAUUGCAUCAGACUGCUUUCAGAAGUGAGUUACAAGGUUUAUUUCCAUAUCUACUACUUCUAGGCUAGGAUAGUUAACAGGGGUCCUUUUUGAUAUCUAAAAGCUCUGGUCACCAGUGGCUAAUACUGAAGAAUAAUCUUUUGCCACUUUAGGUUUCCUUCUGCAUUCCAAUCCCAACAUGCCUCUCACAAAUACUGAGUAGCAUUUUAUUAAGUUCAAAAUGAACAUCUUUACCUUUAUCAGCAGGCAUAUGAAUUAAGGAGAAGCAGGUGAAUAGAUGGAAAUGGUAGAUGAAGUAGUUUGCUCUUGGACUUCUAACCACACCAUGUGUACAUGCAGGAAGUGGUGAGUGAGUUCUGAGUCUGAUGGGCAGCACCACAUUCCGCCCACCACCUCUUUUUUUGGCCUCUACUUCAAGGUGCUAAGUUGUAAGGCCCCCCGAUUCAUGUCAGAGUGGGACUUGCUAUUACAGUCCCUUAUAACUACCAAUGCACUGUUUUUCAUAAGAUCGAUUUUUGUAUUUGCCUUCUCAUUGUCCAUUAGACAUCAGAGUUGUUCCCUGUAUAAGAUUCUUGAUUUUCAUGAGCAUAGUGUCUGCAUCUCUUUAAGAAUUAUGCAUUUCUUCACAGGCUAUUUUUCCUCACAUUUAGAUGCACCUGUUUUUAAUCCUUUGCAAACAUCUUCUGCCUCCUUGUUUUCCUGUCCAUGAAGGACAGAAACUACAAGAGAAGAGAAUAUUUAGCAUCUGUUUCAGAUCUAUGCCAGGAUUUCCUUUGCACACCAAGAACUGGAGUUUAGAGCUCCUCUUUCUGAGGCCAGUUCUAGUGCCUUACACUCCAGAAUGUCAAGUGGCAGAUGAAGGUAAGGAAGAAUGGGAGAAGGAAGGUUCAUUUCAGUCUGUGGGUUUCCAUCACCCCCCCCACCCCCGUCUCUCAUUCCUCAGAAAAAAAUGGGCGUGAUGUAGGUAGUUCUACAGCUCAUUUCUGCGAAGAAUUUUCUAGCCAUGUAGUUCACAAUUACUCUGGUCAACUCUUGGGAUGUCUAACACCACUGUUAAGUAACGUAACUCAUUUGUGUUUUAAGUGUGCAGUUCAGAUCAGCCCUCUCUGUUCCUAUAAAGAGUUAGCACAUCAUCCUGAAGACACUCUAGGUGCUUGAGUAAAGGGCUCUUUUCUCAGGAGCCCAGGUGACUUUGGGUACAUAGGGUGACGAGCAUUUCUGCCCUCCAUGAAUGUGGCAUAAAUAAUGUGCACUUUGUAACCAGAUGGAUUUCAACCGAUUUUCUUUUCAUGGUACUAGGUAUGUAAAUGAAUAAAGACAUUUUAAUUUCU